UCAAAAGUAUAUUUUCAAAUAAUUUUUUGCAAUGACCGAAGAGGUUCCUUCGGUUGGCUUCGUCAAACGAGUGCAGAGAAAGACUAAAGACUCUAGAUUGGAAUUGCAUAAGUUGCUGGAUGAGGGUGAUGUGAUCAAAAUAAAAGAAGCUUUCGAUCAAGAAGAUGGAAGAAGAAUGAAUAAAGAACUCCUCAAAGAAGUUCUAGCUCGAAUAGCGAGAAUUGAGUACGACGAUGAAAAAUUCAAUAUUAUAUUCAUGAGAAUGAAUGGCCAAUGUAAUGGGAUGGUGACUUGGGAUGAAUUUAUUUCCUAUCUCAUUCUGGGUUAUGAGCAGCAAGAGGUGAGCUUGGAGUUCAAAACGCUCGACGCUCCCAUUCCUCUUCCUCCGACCAUGCUGAAGAGCAACCAUCGUCAUACCAUUAACAGAAUUACUUUUUACCCAACAGUCAAACCAGACAGAUCCAUCACAUGGCACGAUGGUAGUAUAAUGACUUGUAGCCCCGAUGGAACCAUAAACUACUGGUCACUGGACAUGCAGAUAGAGAGAACUGUGCAAUCGACUUGUCCUUUGUUGAAGAUUCAAAGCACUUGGGUGACAGACAUGGUGGUACUACCGGAUGUUAGUGUAAUCUGUACCUCUAGUACCGAAAGAGAUUUGAGAUUCUACGAUACCUCUGCAAGAAAGUUUGAACUACGUGUAAUGAUCACGUCUUUUCCAGACUCAAUUACAACAAUGUAUUAUACAUUUGACAAGGAUAUUACAGUGCCGUCAAAGUUAAUUAUGGGAGACAUGGGUGGUAAUUUGAGGGUUAUAUUCAUUGAGCCAGAAGCAAGAGGCCCCUUCAGAAGCCAGCCAGGCAUUCCCUUACGCCAUGUUAGGUACAUUCGUCUCUGCAACGGUGGAGUGCCCCACAUGAAGAUUGUAGAGUACUUGAACAUACAUAAAGAUUUUGUCAGGCAAGUUUCCUAUUAUCCGACUUUGCAUGCUUUGGUGUCUUGCUCUCAAUGCCCUAAAGGUCUUCAAAUGACGGACAUGACAGAUCCCAAGAAAGUAUACGUUUACAAAAUAGUAGCGGGAGUUUGGUGUUUCGCACUACAAGAAGGAUGUCAUAUUGUAGCUACCGGAAGUCCGGACUGUUUGGUGCGAAUUUGGAACCCCUUUAUGCCUGCCAGACCUAUUUGUACAUUCUACGGACACCACACCGGGAUAGUGAGAAUGGUUUUCCAAGACAACGCUGAAAAAUUAUAUACUUUGUCAAAAGAUAAAAACAUAAAAGUUUGGGAUAUUGGAAAGCAAUGUUUGCUACAGACUUAUUUGGAGUUACCGCCACAGUUAGGCGAACGAAGUGAUCUCACGACUCUUUAUAAUCCUGAAAGCAGACAGUGGAUUAUCGGAAGCGUAAUGAUUGCCGUUUUACCUCUCAGUCCCAAGCAGAGCUUUGAGCAUACAGAUGGUAAUACGCAUACUAGUGCUGUAUCAGUAGUUCUAUACAAUAAACUAUUCAAGUGUAUCGUCACCUGCGGUUUAGACAGUUACAUCAUCGUUUGGGAUCCAUGGAAAGGCAGGCGCCUUGUUGUGAUUAAAGAAGCUCACACAGUCAUGCUUCAUGGUGAAAUAAUGCCUGUGGAAAUAACAGCUGCAACUUUUGAUCCUGGUCCAGGGAAGCAUUCUUUCGGAGGUAAACUGAGAGAUAGAAGAGUUUCAACCGUGCCAAUGCCCGACGAAUGUUUUCAUUUACGUAGACCUGCUGUUCACUGCAUGAUAUUUUUGAACAAGAGAAAAAGCGAUCCAGGGGUUGGAACUCUUUUAGUCGCCUUUGAAAAUGGUGUUAUCCAGGUGUGGAAUCACCAUGUCGCGGGAGGAUUCAUAACUUCUUUCUCCGCUAUCCAUAAAGCUGGUGACUACGUAAUUUCGAUGGCAACUGACGAGAAUAAUGAAUUUUUAUUCAUAGGAACUUCCGUGGGCUACAUAAAAACUUGGCUUCUUAAGAGCUACUGCGUUUUACCACAAGAUGAAGAGCAUAUUUGUAUGCCAAAAUAUAGGUUGAUGUUUCCUUUCACGUGGGGUGAUACGUUCAUCGGAAGGGCUCGCAGGAUGGUAGUGAAUCAGCCUAAGCCAAAGCUCCUGAAUAGUUAUAAGGGGCAUUUCAUGCCGGUUUCUGGUUUAACUUACAUUGACGAAUGCCAGAUUUUAAUAAGCUGCAGCGCAGAUUUUAGUGCAAGAAUGUGGACAUUGGGUGGCCGCUACUUACAAACAAUUGGUACAUUUAAACCAUGGAGAGAAAUUCCAAAUAAUCAACCUGUUGGACCAGACUUCGAUUUUCCAAUUCCCGCUGAUAUCAAGAAGGUGGCAAGCUCAACUACGUUAAGGGUUCUCUGUGGUGGAACAUUCCCUAAGAGACUGACCAUCAAACAACUACAGAAACAAGCAGAAAAAGAUCUGAUUCACAUUGACCAAAGCAAAAUCUAUGGAAAACCCUUACAAACGCCAGUCCUUGGAAAUCAUUAUGCAAUUCCAGAAAGAACUACGAAACCCAAGGAAAUCGAAUUCGACACAUCUUGUCCAUAUAUACCUGUAUAUCAACAUCUCAUCAUGCCGAAUCCUGUAGAAUUGGAAGAAGAAACUCCGGAUCAUAUAUACUAUUGAACUGUUCAUUUUUAUUAAAUCUAGAAUAAAUCUUCAAAAGUU